CUGGGCCAAAUUCAAAAAGCGACCCAUCCAAACAUUACAUUCUCAUUUCAUCAGUAGCCAAGUAUCUCCCUUUCCCUAUCUCUCUCUUUCCCUCUCUCGAUUUCGUCUAAAUCCAAAGCUCGAAUCUCAGGCGACCGGUAACCGGCGAGCAACAUUUCCACCGCUGUAACUACAUCUUUGAGAGGAUGGCAAUGGUAGAUGAGCCAUUGUACCCGAUAGCCGUGUUAAUAGAUGAACUUAAAAAUGAUGAUAUCCAAUUGCGGUUGAAUUCUAUUAGGAGGUUAUCGACUAUUGCACGUGCACUCGGUGAGGAAAGAACUAGGAAGGAGUUGAUUCCAUUUUUGAGCGAAAACAAUGACGACGACGACGAGGUGUUGUUGGCAAUGGCGGAAGAGCUUGGUGUAUUUAUUCCUUAUGUUGGAGGCGUGGAACAUGCUCACGUUCUUCUCCCGCCUUUAGAGACCCUUUGUACUGUUGAGGAGACGUGUGUGAGGGAUAAAGCUGUGGAGUCGUUGUGUAGAAUUGGAUCCCAGAUGAGGGAGAGUGAUUUGGUUGAUUGGUUCGUCCCUCUUGUGAAGAGGCUGGCAGCUGGUGAGUGGUUCACAGCGAGAGUUUCUGCUUGUGGACUCUUUCAUAUUGCUUACUCAAGUGCCCCAGAGAUGUUGAAGGCAGAACUUCGGACUAUUUACAGCCAAUUAUGUCAAGACGACAUGCCUAUGGUGCGAAGGUCGGCUGCUACAAACUUAGGGAAGUUUGCUGCUACAGUUGAAUCUGCUUACCUCAAGAGUGAUAUCAUGUCAAUAUUUGAUGAUCUUACACAGGAUGAUCAGGAUUCUGUGCGUUUAUUAGCGGUUGAGGGCUGUGCUGCACUUGGUAAGCUGCUAGAGCCCCAGGAUUGUGUGGCACAUAUCCUGCCUGUCAUUGUCAACUUCUCUCAGGACAAGUCUUGGCGUGUCCGGUACAUGGUUGCUAACCAAUUGUACGAACUAUGUGAAGCUGUAGGGCCUGAGCCCACUAGGACGGAUUUGGUGCCUGCCUAUGUCCGUUUGCUUCGGGAUAAUGAAGCUGAAGUUCGCAUAGCUGCUGCAGGGAAAGUCACCAAAUUCUGUCGGAUCCUUAGUCCCGAGCUAGCUAUUCAGCAUAUUCUUCCCUGUGUGAAGGAAUUAUCAUCAGACUCUUCACAGCAUGUCAGAUCUGCUUUGGCUUCUGUUAUAAUGGGGAUGGCUCCUGUUUUGGGAAAGGAUGCAACCAUUGAACAUCUUCUUCCAAUAUUUCUUUCUCUUCUGAAGGACGAGUUUCCCGACGUGCGCCUGAAUAUCAUUAGCAAGCUUGAUCAAGUCAAUCAGGUGAUUGGAAUUGAUUUAUUGUCCCAAUCUCUGUUGCCAGCUAUUGUUGAGCUGGCAGAGGACAGGCAUUGGCGGGUCCGUCUUGCAAUAAUAGAAUACAUACCUCUAUUGGCAAGUCAAUUGGGCAUAGGAUUUUUUGAUGAUAAGCUUGGUGCCCUUUGUAUGCAAUGGUUACAGGACAAGGUUUAUUCAAUUAGAGAUGCUGCUGCUAAUAACUUAAAGCGUCUCGCAGAAGAAUUUGGUCCAGAGUGGGCAAUGCAGCAUAUAAUUCCUCAGGUCUUGGAUAUGACUACCAGUCCACAUUAUUUGUAUCGAAUGACUAUUCUUAGAGCAAUUUCAUUGCUUGCACCUGUAAUGGGCUCUGAGAUAACUUGUUCUAAGUUGCUGCCUGUGGUUAUUACUGCAACAAAGGAUAGAGUGCCUAACAUUAAAUUUAAUGUGGCAAAGGUGUUGCAAUCCCUUAUACCUAUUGUUGACCAGUCGGUGGUGGAGAAAACCAUUCGCCCCAGUUUAGUAGAGCUAGCCGAAGACCCUGAUGUCGAUGUUCGCUUCUAUGCCAAUCAAGCACUUCAGUCAAUUGAUAAUGUCAUGAUGUCAGGCUAGAGAAGCUAAAAAUUGGCAGGUGAGAGUAGUACUAAUCUCUCUUCUAAUCCCUCUUUGGUAGUCUUGGAUUACACUCUCAUACGAAGAAACAAAAGGGAAAAGGUACAAUGUAAAAUGCAUCCUAUUGAGCUUGGAGACGUAUAUUGUUACUAAUUCUUUUGUAGGAUUUGACAUUCAAGAUGCUGUGACACUAAUGAAGACGAGUGUUUUUGUCAUGUAAAGUUGCUGCCAUACUUUACUAUUUGAUCUGCUAAGCUCAUUGUAUUUGUUGUUGUUAGUGUACUUUUUUGGUGUUUGAACUUACUCUUAGCUGUGUUAUUCAAGCAGAUUGAUUUGCUUUUAAA